AUGUUGGGAAGUCCCCAGAAUUUGGAUGCCCUACAUGACCAUUUGGGCACAUUGUAUCCUGGCAUGAGAGCACCUUCAUUUCGCUGCACAGAAAAGGAUGGUUCGCUGUUGUUGCACUACUAUUCAGAGCGUCCAGGCUUGGAACACAUUGUUAUUGGUAUUGUUAAGGCGGUUGCCUCCAAAUUACAUGGCGUCGAUGUGGAAAUAGAAAUUGUGAAACGUAAAGGAGAUCCUAUGGAAGAGGAUGAAAAAGACGAGGUAUUUUCACAUCAAAUUAAUCAGAUACAACAACAAACAAAUGCUUCCGUAACAUGUUCCAAUAAAGAAAAUAAUAAUCUGAAUAACAACAUUAAUCUUAACAAUAACAACGAUGAAUCUGCGGAUAAUUAUACAAAUAACAGAAGACAAGAACCAUGUCCAUUUACACGCAAAAAAUCUCAUUCCGCCUCUUCAACAACUGCCACAACUGCGGAUAGUUUUGACGCCGAAGAUAAAGAACAGAAAUGUUUACGUUUACUUAAAAAUAAAAGUGACGAUAUUGAACGUUAUGAUCAUGUCCAAUUUCUGAUACGUGAAAUAUCAUCGACUAAUAAAGCAGACAAUGAAGCAUCGGGCACAAAAGAUGAAGCAGGCAAGGAGCCACCAGAUGAAAUAGAAAAUUUAUGUGGAGCUCCUUUGAUAUCGCCGGCAACAUUUUGCAAAAUUUUCCCAUUUCAUCUUAUGUUCGACCGUCAAAUGAAAAUUGUACAAGCUGGCAAAUCAGUAUCAAGAGUUAUACCACGAGUGGCCGAUGAAAAUUGUUCUUUAUUAGAAGUACUUGAAGCCAUACGUCCUCAUUUACAAUUGACAUUCGAAAAUGUUUUAGCCCAUAUCAAUACAAUAUACGUACUGCAGACACGUCAAGGUGCCAUGGGCAAACAUGAACGUUAUCUUAGACUAAAGGGUCAAAUGAUGUACAUACCAGAAUCGGAUCGUAUACUGUUUCAAUGUUAUCCAAGCGUUAUGAAUUUAGAUGAUUUGGCUAAAUGUUUCGUUACAUUUCACAACCAAAUAACAAUUGGUAUACAUUCCGGUGAAGUUGUGACCGGAGUUAUAGGCAAUCGUGUACCCCGUUACUGUCUUUUCGGUAAUACAGUAAACUUAACAAGUCGUACUGAAACUACAGGUGUACCAGGACGUAUAAAUGUCAGUGAAGAAACCUACAAAUUGCUUUGCCAGGAGAUCAACCAGGAUGAUUCAUUUCAUCUCGAAUACCGUGGACCAGUCGUUAUGAAGGGCAAACCAACACCAAUGGAUUGUUGGUUUCUCACACGUAAUACAAAUGCUACGGGCAGUACUGGCGGUAGUACUAGUGGCACUAUUGACUCUCCCUUGCCACCACAAACACCAACUAUUGCAGCAGCACCAUCAGCAACACUAUCCCAAUUACAAAACUCAACAUCACAACAGCCAUCAGCAUCAUCGUCAUCAUCAUCAGCAACAGCAUCAUGUUUACAAUCUCAAAUACAAACACAACAGCCAACAACUCAUCCAACACCAACUGUGCGCACACAUGGUGUAGCAACGUCGGUAACGGCGACGACAUCAUCUGCAUCACCAUCACGAAAAACAUCUAAUGCCAGCACAGCAUCUGAAUCUUCCUCAACAAAUUCACAAUCCACUGCAGCCACUGUUGCUGAACAUGCAAAUGCUCAAGCAACAAUAACGGAAACAUAGAAAAUGUGUAAAGAAUCAUCCUGUUGCUGCUGAAAUAUACUCUAAGGAUGCGUUCGUACAUUUUAUACCAUUACUAGAUGGUUGCAACGGACGUAUUAAAAUUGAGAAUAAUGGAUAUUUUCUUUAUAAAAAAACACAAGUUAGAAGUUAAGUUUAAAAGUAUAAAAAUAUAUUAAAUUUCAAAAAAACUCAACUGCCUUUAAUCCCUUCAUUUUAAUACUUCCUGACAUUCACACACACACAUAAACUAACAUAAGUACGCUUAAAUGUAUUAAAAAUUACAUAAGGAUAACUUAUAUGUAUAUAAGCAAUUCUGCUUACAUAAGAGUUAAACGGAGUACAAUGCAUGUAUUAAGAAGGGUUUUCAGCGGAAAUGGGUAUAUAGGCGACUUUAGUAUUAUUAAAAACAGUAACCAAAAAAUAAUAAUGUUAUUGUUAUUAUUGAGAUUGUUAAAAAUAUUUUGCAAUUUGCAUAAAAUUUAAGCCUACUCUAACAGUAUUUCUAUAAACUUAUAUGGAAAUCUGUAUAUUUAUGACUAAAAAUUGUUUACUAUUAUAUUUUUCUUUCUUUUAUUUUUAUUUAAAUUUUAUUACUAAUGGUUUCUCUAAUAGUCUUUUUAUAUAAAUAAAAAUUUUAUUAAAAAAAAAAUAAA